CUUCCGCAAUUGCGAAUACGUAAUUGCAGACAUGCGCAGUAUCCACUGCCACCAGCUUUGUUGAGUUGUUACCCAUGUUGUUGCUACCUGCUAGCUGAACUGCUAACUAGCAAGCAUUUCCUGCCUGUGACUGGACACAGCCAUGGAUAUCGACGCACUGUUGGAAGCGUUUCAAGAUUUUGAGAAGAAAGGGAAGAAAGAGAUAUGUCCUGUACUAGAACAGUUCUUGUGUCGUGUCGCCAAGACAGGGCAACCAAUGAUCCCAUGGUCACAAUUUAAAACAUAUUUUAGGUUUAAAUUAGAAGAAGUCAUGGACGAUUUCCAUGCUUCGGCGCCAGAACAGAGAGGUAUACAUAAUCCUAACGUGGAGUAUGUCCCCUUUGAAGAAAUGAAGAAAAGGAUUUUGAAGAUAGUGGAUGGUUACAAUGGAAUUCCAUUCACCAUUCAGCGCCUGUGUGAACUACUUACAGACCCCAAGCGAAAUUAUACAGGUACAGACAAGUUUCUCAGAGGUUUGGAAAAGAAUGUAAUGGUGGUCAGCUGUGUGUACCCUACAUCAGAGAAAAAUGGUGCAUCCAGUGUAAACAGAAUGAAUGGAGUGAUGUUUCCUGGUAACUCCUCUCUGUAUUCAGACAGUCGAAAUGUUAACGGACCAGGCAUACCGAAAACACUCAACAGACCAAAGCCAUCAUUGUCCACUUCACUUUCCACCAAUGGCCUCCCUGACUGUCCAGCUAGCAAAGAGCCAGAGCCAACCACUGAACUGGAGGAGCACCAUAUGAGUGAAACGUCACCAUCAGACAACGAGAUGACGCCAAAGAGUGGAAUGAAGAACAAACACCCAGAAGAAGAAGGAGAUUCUGAGGGUAACAAACAGGAGGCCAAGCGGCUGAAGUUUGAAGCGAAGGAAGAGGAAGAAACUACAAAUGAAGAAAAGGAGUCAUCUUGCCAUAAAGAACCAGAUAGCUUGUCAGAGACAGCUGAGUCUUCAGAAGACUCUUGUGGUCAAGAAUGCAAAAGUGAAACGUCGUUGGACACUCCCAGUAUUUCAGACAAUCAUGAGCCUAGCAGCACUCAAACAGAACCAACUGAGGAGGAAAGCGACUCAUCGGAGCCAGGGGCUGCCCACAGUGAUCAGAGUGACAGCACUGUAGAUCAAUCUGAGGAAGCGGCUUCAGCAGAGGCAAAUGCAAGCUUUGAGCAGGACAGUGGGGAGAGCAGCAGCAGCAGCAGCAGUGAUGGAGAGAGCUUAACCAGUGACAAGCAUGUAUCUUCUUCCAGUAAUUCACCUGACUUGUCAACAGAGGGUGGUACUGACAUUUCAGACAAUGGAGAGACUGCAAUAGAGCCUGGGGAACAUGAUUAACUUUAAGGCCAACAUGCCAACUUAUUAUUAUUUUUUUUUAACACUGUAUGAUACCACACCAAGGGUAUAUCUGUAGCACUGUGGACCGUUAGGCAUCAGGACCAAGAGCGAUGUGGACCUCGAGACCCCUCACAGGAGAGUUUCGUCCUCUUGCAUUUCAGCUUCUCCUGGCCACUCUUCAGCUGGUCUUUAAACUGGAAGAAGAUGAUUUAAAUGAGAUCAUGGAGACUGCCUUUUUCACUGUUGACUAAAAAAAAAAAAUUUCUAACCCUUUUUCUUGUUUUGUUUUUUUUUUUAUAUAUCUUUUAAUUUAAACUUGAUAAUGUAUUCAGUAAUUUCUCUAGUCAUCUGGCAUUUAUUUCCAAAGAGCUCAAUUUAGCUAAAUUUGUGUUUUAGGCUACAUCCACACAUUUGUGUGGACUGACGAGAAGAUUUUGCUGUAAAAGCCACGUCAUACUCAGUAGUUUCUGCAGCACAAAUGCAACACUGUAAUUCACUAUUGUAGUUAUUUGCAGGGUUAACACGUGGGAUAAGGGAGAAAUCGAGCUAAGACUUCAUCGGUUCAAGAAAGAUGCAUAUGGCUUGUAAACACAGAAACAAAACUGAGGCGUUUUCAAAUUUAUUUACACCUGGUUUAAAAAAAUUAGCAUUUUCAGGCUCCCAAAAUGUCAGUUUAAUGUGGAUAGACCUAAACACGCCUGUGUGUGGAUGAAGCCUUAGACUAAGCACAGUAGCUUCAACUAUCUUUUGGGUGAAUGUGUCUCUUGUUUGAAUGAGGACACCUGUCAUUAUGAUUGUGAAGCAAAAAUUCAGAUGUGUGUUUGCAUUUUCUAUGAAGCACAUACACUGCACUUGUUAGCAUUGAUCCCUUAAAAGAUGUAGAAAAUAUUGUUUUGCUUUGUCACUGUAUGAAGCCUAUAUAACACAGUUGUGCCAGUAGUGACCACUUUGGUCAGAUAGAAUAUUGAUUUGGCAUAAGGUUACUAAUUUCUGCAUCAAACUUUAGUCAAAAUACAAGGUACUUACACUUUCUGGAUGUCAUACCUUAAUUGUACAGCUGUCACUUUUGAUAAUUAGGAUUUUUACAGUACAUAUCUGUAAAUCAGUUUUUGUAGACUUGUAAUACAUGUCCACUGCCUUUGUAAAACUGAUUGCUGGAAGUUGAAGGCUUGAGCUUGUAAGAUAGUAUUCAUGGAAAGCAAUAAAUGCUAAAAUCAAGUGUU